AUGUUCAAACGAUCCAAGAAGACGACGACUUUUUUGCAUCGGAAGAAGCAUGGAGCUACUACGACGACUGCAACAGGUGGAGAUUCUUCUCAUCAACAAACUCUCUCUGUUCCAUUAUUGGACUACUCUCAUGAUGAUGAUGAUAGUGGUGGUGGAUGCUUGGUCGACCAUUCAUCCUAUUCUCUUCAUCAUCAUCACGACCAGAAGAAUUUCACUCCCUCCAUGACCUCAUCACCACCACCAACCUUUUCAUCCUCCUCCUCCUCCUCCUCACAACAUGACCAACCACAUCAACCAUUCUCUCACCACCUCCACCACACUCCUCAAAUGAUUCAAAGUACAUCCAUCACCAUGUAUGAAUACAGCACCAUUCGUUACAUUCUCUACAUUUUAUUAAAUCUAUUGACACUCGGAAUGGUUCAUUUCAUGUUCAAUGAUCGAGUGAAAUGUACUUUGAGAUUUAAAAAAACAAAUCAUGUCAAGAAUGCAAAAUAUGUCUUGAUCUUUCAUAACAAUGAAUAUACCACAUGUCCAUUGAAAAAGAUUCUAUUACCAAAGAAGAAUAACCACAAGACAACUCUAUCUUCCUCCUCAACACCAACAACAACAACCACACAAAACUUGUCAUCAUCACUUUCAAGACAAAACUCACCACUUUCAACAAGACAAAACUCAUCAUCUCUGAAUUCACAUUUAUUUAUUCACUUUCAAUAUCAAUAUCAAAGAUACAUGUAUUUACAUGACUCUCAACAAUUUGCUCUCAUUGAUUCCAUGCCUCUUUCAUAUUUAUUACACGAAUACAAAACAAAAACCAUGCAUACAGGUUUGGAUUCAUACACUCAUCUUUCACGAUUGUUUUUAUUUGGAAAUAAUUUCAUUCACAUCACAAGUACCAAAUUUAUCAAAGUCAUUGUGAAUGAGCUGUCCAAUAUUUUCUAUCCUUUUCAAUUCAUUACUCUAUUAUUUUUAAUUUUUAUUCGAGGAUAUUAUUUCUAUAGUGCCAUUCAUGGCAUGUGUUUAUUAUUUUCAUUGAUUUGUGCCAUCAAAGUCCAUCCACAUCGGACUAUUGCUAAAAAAGUCAAAAAAGAACUUGCAUUAUCCUAUGAAUACACAAGUGAAAUUAGAGUAUUGAGAGAUUCACAAAUAUACAUGGUUGGAACUUCAAAUCUAGUACCAGGUGAUAUUAUUAUAUUGAAUAAUGUCACUACUGUACCAUGUGAUUGUAUUUUAUUAUCUACACCAAAAUCACAACGUGUUUUAUUAUGUGAUGAAUCGACAUUGACAGGAGAUACUGAACUCUCUCACAAGACACCUCUCAAUUGGAAUGAUUUGAAGACUACUACAAUGACACCUACUACUAGUUCUACUAUGACACCUACUAGUAGUAAUACUGCUACUACUGGUCCAACUACUACUACUACUACUAGUAGUAGUACCACCACCACCACUUCUUUAAAAGAAGAUCAUUCCAUUCUCAUUGAUCAAUACCAUGUAUUGAUUGGAGGUACAAGAAUUGUGAGAGAACAACGAAAAGACCUCCUCCUCCUUCCAGAGAAGGAUGAAAUCACAGAGGAGGAGGAGGAUACAAGACAUCAAACAACAACAACUCCAUCAAACACCUCAAAUCUCAUUAAGGCACUUGUCAUUCGAACAGGUUUUCAUACUGUGAAAGGAUCAAUGAUUAGAAAUAUUCUAUUAGAUGCUCAUGGAGAUUCUUCAAUGAGUAGUACUAUGAGUAGUACUACGACUAGUACUAGUCUUUCUGGGACCAGUAGUAAUGAUAGCAGUAGAGGUGUUGGUGGUAAUAAUGGUGUUGGUAAUAAUGGUGGUAAUAGUGGUGGUAAUAGUAAUGGCACAUCACCACCUUCCUCCAACUAUUACUACUAUACUACUGAUCAUCAUCACUCCCAUCACCAACAUCACCAAAUCAAUCCUACUCCUUCUCUUUUCAACCAUAAUAAUACUUUUAAAUCUAAAAAAAGAAUGAAUAACUACAUGAAUGAUUUAUACUAUCUCAUCUACACAUUGGUAGCAUUAGCUUUUAUUUCUCUCAUCAUUCUAUCUCUCUAUUUUGGUACAUUACCUUAUCACAAUUAUGCCAAUAUUUUCAAUAAUAUUGAUGACAAGACAUUUAAUUUAUUUUUAGAAGAUGAUGCUUCAUGGAUUGGAUAUAUUUCUAUUGUAUUUAUUUUCAUUAAUAGUGUUCCACCUUAUUUGAUAUUUAUUGUAGUAACACUACCAAUGAUAUUAACUAAUCGAUUAUUAUUUAAGAAAAAUAUCAAAUCUAUUCAAAGUAUUGACAGUAGUUUAUUUAAAUUUGGAUUAAUUGAUUUGGUGUGUUAUGAUAAGACUGGUACUUUGUGUGAAUCCAAUAUGUCCUUAUAUGGAAUAUUGACAUGCAAUGACUUGUUACAUCCAACAGAUGAUAUUACUCAGUUAAGUGAGGAUGUUACUAAUUUAUUAGCUUGCUGUCAUAAUUUAUUCUCUAAAUAUGAUAAGGAUACUAAUCGUCGUGUAUUAAUAGGUGAUACCAUUGAUCAAGCCUUAUUAGAAUUUACCAACUAUGAAUUGAAGAGAGAUGGAAUGAAUCACUCUUGUGAUAUCUACACUCCUGCAAUGAGUAGUAAAGGUAGUACUUCCAAUAGAAGUGGUGAUAGUACAACUAAACGGAGUUCCUCACAACGACGACAACAAUGGUGGCCACCUUCAUCAAAUCGUACGACACCUCCAUGUAGUGUCAUGUACGACUCAACCUUCAAUUCUCAUCCUUCAUGUGGUGCUAGUGAUGGUGCUAGUGGUGAUGGUACUGAUAGUAGUAGUGCUAGUGGUGAUGGAGUUAGUGGUGGUGGUGGUGGUUUCAAUCUCAUUCCUCCUCCUCAAUUCAGUGAGAGAGGUUCCAUUCAUAUUGCUAGAAAUUAUCCCUUCUCUUCCACUCUUAAACGACAAUCUGUACUCAUGACCUUUCCUAAAAUGGUAGUCUAUUCUAAAGGUAGUCCAUCGAGUAUCAAAUCCAUAUGUGCACCUCAUACUCUACCUUCUAAUUAUGAUCAAAUUGUACAACACUAUGGAUUACAAGGAUUUAAAAUAUUAGCCAUGGGAAUGAAGAAUAUUUCUGAUCUACAUCAAGAUCAAAGACAAGUGAUUGAAAAGGAUUUGACAUUUAUUGGAUUUAUUUUGUUAAAGAAUCGAAUGUAUCCACAUGUGAAACAUGAAAUCAAACAUUUAGAGAGUAUUAAUCAUGUGAAAACUAAAAUGAUUACUGGUGAUAAUAUCUAUUCAAGUAUUUAUAGUGCUAUUGAAUGUGGAAUGAUUGAUCGUGAUACUGAACAAGUGUAUUGUGCAUUCUAUGAAAAUCAUACCAUUGAAUGGAAGAGUGUGAAUGUUAUUCAAUUAUUCAAGACGAAGAGUGGUGGUGGUGAUGGUGGUGCGAAGAGUGGUGGUAGCCACUAUCAUGAUCUUUCCAAAUAUGGGAAUAGAGCUACAAUCACUCCUCCUUCACAACAAGAUGAGCAUCUUGUUGAACCCAUAGGUAUUGGUGGUAGUAUUGGUAGUGGUAGUGGUAUUGGUAUUGGUGGUAGUGGUAAUAAUGGUGGUAUUGAUUCUGUUCCAUCUCCUCCUCUUCCUUCAUCUCAUCACUUGUCAACAAGUCAAAGUGACAUGGAUGAUAAUAGUACAACACUCAGAAUGUUAAUUUCACCUGUUGCAUCUGUUUCUCAAGAAGAAGAUGACUCCUCAGAUGACUAUGAUCUGAAUCAACAACAACAAUCUAACUCAUCUUCUCAUCAAACAAGAAGAAGAGGACACGAUCAACAACAACAUCGUGACACCUCAGGCAUCAAUACCUCUAACUCUUCCUUCAACAUGAAUCAUCAUCACAUGAAAAGAUCUUUUAAAAAUUUAUUACUUCAUAGUGUGAGUAUGAUGAACAAUGAUUCAAAUCCAGAGAAAAAGAUUGCACUUGCAAUGACUGGUGAAGCAUUUCAAUAUUUUAGAAAUCAAUUACUAUCCAAUCCCUAUCAUUCAUUUUAUGAAUUAUUACCAUUCUAUUCUCAAUUGUUGUGUCUAUGUCAUAUUUAUACAGAAAUGUCUCCCAAUCAAAAAGGAUAUCUUGUGAGUGAUUUUAAGAGUUACUUAGAUCAUAUUGUAUGUAUGAUUGGAGAUGGAAGUAAUGAUUCGAUUGCCAUGAAUUGUAGUGAUGCCUCUGUGUUUAUUUCAAAAAGGAGUAGUAGUAGUAGGAGUGGUGGUAGUAGUAGUAGUAGUAGUAGGAGUGGUGGUGGUGGUGGUGGUGGUGGUGGUGGUGGAAAUUAUGAACAUUCCUAUGCUGCACAAUUUACAGUACCCUUAGAAGAAGAAGAAGAAGAAAUUCAUCAAAUCAACUUGACAAGACUUUUACCAAAAACAACGAGUUCAUCACUUAGUGCUCCUCCACUCACUCAGCAAGAUGAUGAUGAUGCUCUCCAAGAAAGUCAUUAUAUCCAAUUUGAGGAUGAUGACAACAAUACAUUCAUGAAGAACAAACAUGACUACUCUACUCUUAAUAACAAUACUACUACUAGUAAUAUCAACAUCAGCAAGAAGAACAAUAUUCGCUCUGGAGAUCGUAGUAGUAGUAGUAAUAGUGGUUCUACCUCUCAUAUCAUGACACAUCUCAUCUCCAUUGCACAAUUAAUGCUUGACAAGAUUCAUAUCAACAGCAAAUUCAUCCUCGUAUUCAUUUAUGUACAAUUUAUUAUAACAUGUCAUGAUGUGAUUAUUUAUGGAUAUGAUAUGAGUGAAAGUAUGAUCAUCUAUACUCAUAUAUUCAAAGGCUUAUUAUUACCAAUUUUAUUAUCAUUGAAUCCAGUAGUCUCUGAUUGUGAGAGUAACAUCAAAUAUAGACCAUCCAAAUCCAUCAUUAGAUUUCAGUUAUUAUUUACAGUAUCCUUACAAAUACUUUAUCAGUCUAUUGUAUUUUUUAUAGUCAUAUUUGUGUUACAUUCACCCUAUAUACAAAUGCAACAAUCACUAAUAUUCCAAUUUUCUAAUUUCCAAUACAUGAGUGUUGCCAUGUCCUAUCAGUUGACUUACUAUUUUAGAACAAAUUCAUUACUUGCCUCAAUUAGGAAAUCAUUUAGAAAUUAUACAUUUUGGGUUGUUUGGUGUUUGUUGUUUAUUUUAGAUUUUUUAAUUUUAAUUCCAUUCCCUGCACCCUUUUCCUUUGAAAUGAAUAUGAACAGACUAUUCAAAAUGACUAAUUUAUUUGUGGAUGAUGUUGCCAACAAUGAAGCCUAUGUCAGAACUGGUGGUCAUGAUUAUGUGUACACAGAUCAUAGAGAUUUGGAAAAAUCUUAUUAUGUCAUUCUCAAACUCAUCAUUUUGGGAGUCAUGUUAGUGAAUAUCUUUGCUACUGCAUUGAUUGAAUGUUGCACAACAUGGGCCUACAAAUUUUACAAACAUUUGACUUUCUCAAAUCCUUCUCCAAACAGUGGAAUGACAUGGAAAAGAUGUGUAGAUUUGUUUAAAAACCAUGAAUACCAACAGUCUGGUUCAUCUGAGACCAUUAUCAUCCCAUAUUUGACAAGAAAUUAA